GCGCCUUCUCAUGGCGCUGCGGUAGGCAGCGAUGCCUUAUAUAACGAUCAUCAUCGUCAAACGAAGAUCAGGUGCGGCGCCUCGUGGGCACGCCGGCGCGUGCAUUCGGUAACCGGGCCACCAAGGAUUCGGACGCAACACCACGCUAUCCAGACUGUCCAGACUCUGCAGGCUGUCCAGACGGUCCAGGCCCUGCGAAAGCGCACGUCAGGCGAAGCUGUCAGCACUGCAGAUGGGGCUUGCCAUCAGAGUCCAUCAGCACCCUCCAGCCACGCCUUCAGCCGGUUCGUGGCCCCACACUUGGUCUUUGAACAAGACAUGAUCAACAUAAUGUUCAAGAGCAACGUGGGCACGCAGGAAAACUCCACCAAGAGGGAGCUCUCCAGGCCCAACAUGGCUAUCUUGAUCAAUUUGUUCGUCAACGUCCUGGCCGCCAUACUGAUGACCAGGCUGUUUUGCCGCAUGUUGCUGUUUUGGCUCCACGUGCUGGGCUUUGAUCCUGAGGGUAUAAGGGAGGGAAGUGUGGCGUCGGCACUACGGGACCUGGCCGGCGGGGCCCCUUCGGUUCCCCACUUCACCUCUUCAUGCUCAUUGGGAUGUUUGGCAUUCCGUUUCAACUACAAGUUGUCUUGGUUGUUUUUUUCACGUUCAUGCUUUCUGUGAUGGGAACACUGAUGGAUUAAAGCUUUUGUGCUGAAAUCUUACA